AUGGUCAACUCCUGUUGUGGCUCUGUCUGCUCUGACCAGGGCUGUGGUCAAGGCCAGGAGAACUGCUGCAGCCCCAGCUGCUGCCAGCCCACCUGCUGCCGCCCCAGCUGCUGUGUGUCCAGCUGCUGCAGGCCUCAAUGCUGCCAGUCUGUGUGCUGCCAGCCUACCUGCUGUCGCCCCAGCUGCUGUGUGUCCAGCUGCUGCAGACCCCAGUGCUGCCAGUCUGUGUGCUGCCAGCCUACCUGUUGCCGCCCUAGCUGCUGUGUGUCCAGCUGUUGCCGUCCCAGCUGCUGUGUGUCCAGCUGCUGCAGGCCCCAGUGCUGCCAGUCUGUGUGCUGCCAGCCCACUUGCUGCCGCCCCAGCUGUUGCAUCUCCAGCUGUUGCCGCCCCUCCUGUUGUGGCUCUAGUUCCUGUGGUUCCAGCUGCUGCAGGCCCAGCUGUUGCAUCUCCAGCUGCUGCCGCCCCUCCUGUGGGAGCUCCAGCUGCUGUGGCUCCAGCUGCUGCCGCCCCUCCUGUGGGAGCUCCAGCUGUUGUGGUUCCAGCUGCUGCCGCCCCUGCUGCUGCCUCCGCCCAGUCUGUGGCCAAGUCUCCUGUCAAACCACCUGCUAUCGCCCAACCUGUGUCAUCUCCACCUGCCCCCGCCCCACCUGCUGUGCCAUCCCUUGUUGA